ACGGUCGUGAAGGAUGAUGCCUGGGAAUAAAAAUAAUUAUAAAAUUAUAAAUACAGUUCAGUGUUUCAUAAUAUUCAAUUAUACAAAAAAAAGAAGAAAGGUAGAAAUUGCAUUACAAAAUUAAAGCAAAAAGAUUUCUAAUUAAAUGUGUGCAAAAAAAAUUGUGAUCUUGUGAAGUAACAAAAAAGCAGAAAACGCGUUAUUGAGAAAGAAAAUAUACGUAUGUAUGUACGUAUAAAGUUGUUGCAGUGAUUAAAUGUGUCUGAUAAUUUAAAAAUAUGGAGGAUUAAAGUAAUAAUUGAUAAACUAUAGAAAAUAAAAACUAACCAAUUUCUAUGAAUUAAGGUUCAAUUUUUUUUAUUUUACGGAUUUUUGUGGCUAAAACAUCCUUCCAUCAUGACUUCUAGGUUAGAUCGCUUAUUUAUAUUACUUGAAUCUGGGUCAUCAGCAGUUACUCGACGAGCCGCCGCUAAACAAAUUGGAGAAGUUCAGCAUUUGUAUCCACAUGAACUGCAUAAUCUUUUAAAUCGUUUAAUUAAUUAUUUACAUAGUCAAACAUGGGAGACUCGAAUAGCUGCAGCUCAAGCCAUAGAAGCUGUAUUAAAUAAUGUCCCACAAUGGGAUCCGAUGCCAUGUAAAAUUAAAAAUGAAGUUUCUGAUAGCAAUAAUACCGAUACAAUCUCUACAGAAUCAUCUAAUUUAUUAUCUUUUAAAAAUUUUAAUUUAUCAGAAGUACUUCAAAAAGGUAAACGUUUAAUGGGUUCUGAAGGCUUGGAAUUUGACAAUUUUGAUGAUUCUUCUGAUUCAUCAAAUAACUCAAAUGAUCGUUUAAUACGUCAAAGAGCUUUAUUAAAUGAAAAAUUAGGUAUUACUCAGGCUAGCAAAUUAGGAAUAGCAAUUAAUGAAAUGAUUAGUGAUGAAGAUAUGAAUAUUGGUGUUUCUUCUUAUAACAUAAACGAUCAAAAAGUUCCAGUACAAGAUAUUCUCAAAAUGAAGUUAGAUACAGAUACAAAUUUUGCUAACAACAAUAAUCCAAGUGGAAAUAUGAGUUGUAGAGAAAUCAAUCGAGCUCGUCGAAAGGCCCGUCAAGGUGUAAUCGGUACAAGUUUAAGCCGAAGUAAUUCUACAAAUUCUAAUAACAAUGGAAGUAACUCAACUUCGUUAGAUGAACCUGAAAGAAAAAAGCCUAAGCUUGAUGAUAAAUUUGAAGUUUUUUAUGAUUUAAAUGAACCAGUUCCUGAUGCAACCGGUUCUUGGAAUGGAUAUGCAAAUAGUUGGCCUUUAGAACAAUUUUGUAAACGUCUUUAUUUAGAUCUAUUUAAUCCCCGUUGGGAAAUACGGCAUGGCUCUGCGACAGCUUUGCGCGAACUUCUAAACUCACAUUCAGCUGGAGCUGGUAAAAGUGUAUUUAUGACUGAAGAAGAGAUGGAAACUAAUCACAAUUAUUGGCUCGAAGAUGCAACAUUACGGCUUCUAUGUGUUCUUUCCUUGGAUCGUUUUGGUGACUUUGUAUCCGAUCAAGUGGUUGCUCCCGUACGAGAAACCAGUGCUCAAGUUCUUGGGACCGUUCUUAAGGAGAUGCCAAAAGAAAAAGUUCGUGAAGUUGUAACUAUUUUAUUAGCUCUCACAAAACAAACCGAAUGGGAGGUUCGACAUGGGGGUCUUCUUGGAUUAAAAUAUUUACUUGUUGUUCGAGAAGAUUUACUACCAAGCUUUUUGCCCUUAAUUAUAAAUGACGUUUUGAUGGGUUUACUGGAUGAAGUUGAUGAUGUAGGUGCAGUAGCGGCAUCAACAUUGAUACCAGUGGCUUCUUGGCUUCCCAAAUUACUAAACGAACAGCAGGUAUCAAAUAUUGUGGAAAUGUUAUGGAAUUUGUUGCUUAAUCAAGAUGAACUAACAUCUGCCUGUAAUAGUUUUAUGGGAUUACUAGCCGCAAUAUUAUCUCUACCAGACGCAUCCAAUUGGAUUAAAAUGGAGCCAUUGUCAAUUUUAAUACCACGUUUGUGGCCAUUCUUAAGCCAUAGUACCAGUUCUGUAAGACGUUCUACCUUGCAAACACUUAAAACUUUAACAGAUGAAAAUCGAAUUAGUAACGGUGGGAAUAUGGAGUUAGAAAGUUUAGACAAUAAAAAUGAAGCAAUAAACAAUAAUUCUAAUUCUAUAAAUUUGGGUGAAGAAAAACAAAAAAUGCUAAAUUUCGGAGUAAGCGAAUGGAAGGCUCCCUUAUUGCAAGAAGCUUUAAGACAUAUUUACCAAAGAGUUCUUGUUGAACCAAAUAAAGAUAUUCAGGAAAUAGCAAUAUAUGUGUGGAUGAAUUUAAUUAAAAACGCUGAGCUUUCUGCCUUAUUACAUGCGGCAUGCCCUUAUGUUUCUGCUUGGAUUUGUUUAGCUAUGCAACCAGCGCGCUUAGCUUUUGAUCCUUCUCUUUUAAUAUUUGCCAAUAAGAGUGCACCAGUAAAUAAUAUAGGUCAAUUAAUGCGAAGCAAAAACCUAAGAGAAGAUGAUUUAGGAGGAUCUUCAAAUGUUCAACCAAAAUUAUUUUUGGGAGGAAAUGAGGCUACACCACAAGAAAUACGUGAAAAAAAUCAUGUUCGAGCACGAACUAACGCUGCAAAAAUAUUAGGUGCCCUUUCUAAAUAUCUAGUAAAACCUGCCCCAGGUAUUGAUUAUACCAGUGGUGGUGAAAGCCCAAUUAAUUGUUAUACCAAAGUUUUAAUGGGCCACUUGGAAUCUAGAUCUUCUUUACAAAGACUGGUUUGCAGUUUAAUUAUAUCUUUCUGGGCGGAGGAAGAUCCACAUAUUUGUCCUGGACCAAUUCAGUUGCAGGAAAAACUUAAAUACUGUGUUAUGGAAUAUAUUUAUUAUGAUGAAGUAGCUGUAGCAUUCACUAGACUUCUUCAAGAAUCCCAUGAUUUUAUAGCAACCCUUAAGCAAUAUCAAAUACCUGUCAAUAAUCUGGAUCAAACGAAAGUAUUAACUUUAGAUCAAAUAAAUUCACUUGUUACGACCAUGUCAGAAAAUAUUAAGGGAACAUACAAUUUAAAACCAAAAAUUAGUGAUAUAAUAGAAGAGCGUCGUAAAAGUUUGCAAAAUUCGUUAAAGCAAACUAGUGCAGAACAAAAUUCUUUAAAUUUGAGCACACAAGCAGCUUUAGCUGGAGCAAUAGUGUCUCUUAAUUGUUUACCAGAAAAACUUAAUCCAGUUGUGAAACCACUAAUGGAGUCACUAAAACGUGAAGAAUGUGAACUUUUGCAACAAUUAUCAUCAAUGUUUCUAGUUAAAUUAUUAGAUCAAGUUAGCAGUCGUCUGCCAAGUCCAAAUAACAAAAUUGUAAACAAUUUAUGUGCUUUAUUGAAAAGCGAUCCGGAUUAUACGCCACAAAUCAAAUUUCCUGAGGGGAUUGUGUCUGAAAAGUAUAAUGAUGAUAUUGAAAAUCCUUUUUAUGGUAUUUUAUCGCUAUCAGCGCAACAGAAAACUGAACAAAAUGGUAUCAUAUCUCGUGGACCAGGAAGACCACCUAUAAAUGUUGAUUUGUCACUUUCGGAUAUUCUUGGAAUAGACGAACCCUACAAAAAGUUAAAUCGAAUUCAACGUAUAGGAGCAAAAUUCGCUUUGACUGAAAUGUGUGAAUAUUUUGGAGAGACUCUGUUUGCAAAAAUUCCUGCUCUUUCAACCAUUGUUUUUACUACUAUUGACAAGAUUUUAGAAACUUCAUCCUCGAUGGAUGAACUUCGAACUAAUCCGUUAAAUAUUAAUAAAGAACAAACUGGUGAAUUAAUGACGUCGCUACAAGUCAUAGAGGUUAUUUCACCCUAUUUACAUAAGAAUUUGCAUGAAAAUAUUUUUAAGUUAUUACCUAAAUUAGGAAUUUUAUUAACGCAUCCAUUAAAAGCAAUAAGAAACAUGGUUUCACGCUGCUUCGCAGCCUUUUCUACACUGAAUGAUUGCAAGUUAAUGAAUUUUAUAAUAGAUAAAAUUAUACCUUUGUUAGAAACGGCUGAAAAUAUAAUUUAUCGACAAGGUGCAGCCGAAACCAUUGAUAGAGUCGUUGAUAAACUGCAGUUUAAAAUGGUUCCAUAUGUUGUACUUCUAGUCGUUCCAUUAUUAGGUCGUAUGAGCGAUCUUGAUGAAUCUGUAAGACUGAUGUCAACUCAUUGUUUCGCUACAUUAAUACAAUUAAUGCCAUUAGACAGUAAUAAAAAUUGUUCAUUUUUAAAUUCUACUGAGUUGGAAGCUCGAAAAAUUCGUGAUCGAGAAUUUUUAGAAUAUUUAUUUAAACCAAAAACAAUUCCAGAUUUUAAGGUUCCUGUGUCAAUUAAUGCUGAAUUGCGAAGCUAUCAACAAGCAGGCGUCAAUUGGUUAUGGUUUCUUAAUAAAUAUAAUUUACAUGGUAUUCUAUGUGAUGAUAUGGGUCUUGGUAAAACAUUGCAGACAAUAUGCAUUUUAGCAGGAGAUCAUUACGAUAGAAAACAAAAUAAUUUAACAGAAUUGCCUAGUAUUGUUAUUUGUCCACCUACAUUAACAGGCCACUGGGUGUAUGAAAUACAAAAAUUUUUACCCUCAAAGUUUCUUAAUCCACUCCAUUAUGUCGGACUGCCAAAUGAGAGAGAAAAACUUAGGCCAAAACUGAAAAAACAUAAUUUAAUAGUAGCUUCCUAUGAUACAAUUAGGAAAGAUGUAGAUUUCUUUUCAAAAAUAAAUUGGAAUUAUUGUGUUCUGGAUGAAGGACAUAUAAUUAAAAAUGGUAAAACAAAAAGUUCUAAAGCAAUAAAGCAACUUAAAGCUAACCAUAGAUUAAUAUUAUCUGGUACCCCAAUUCAAAAUAAUGUGUUAGAAUUGUGGUCCUUGUUUGAUUUUCUGAUGCCUGGAUUUUUGGGAACAGAAAAACAGUUUUUAGUCAAGUUUAGUCGACCUAUUUUGGCUAGUAGAGAUGCGAAAAGUUCUACUAAAGAACAAGAAAGUGGUGUUUUAGCUAUGGAAGCUCUACAUAGACAAGUGUUACCAUUUUUAUUAAGAAGAGUCAAAGAAGAUGUUCUUAAGGAUCUGCCACCAAAAAUUACUCAAGACUUAAUUUGCGAAUUGAGUCCCCUACAAGAACGCCUUUAUGAAGAUUUUAGCAGAACUCACUUAAACUCAGAAAUUAAAGAUUGUAUUGAGCACUUUAGCGAAACAGAAUCCACCGAAAACUUAAACAAAAAGACGCAUAUAUUCCAAGCUUUGCGCUAUUUGCAAAAUGUGUGCAAUCAUCCAAAAUUAAUAUUAAAUGAACAUCAUCCGGAAUACCAAAAAAUUUCAGAAGAAUUGGCAAGAAAUAAAUCCUCUUUGGAUGAUAUUGAACAUUCAGCUAAAUUACCGGCAUUAAAACAACUUUUACUAGAUUGUGGUAUUGGAAUUGAAAAUGAAACUGUUAGUCAACAUAGAGCUUUAAUAUUUUGUCAAUUAAAAACUAUGCUAGAUAUUGUAGAAAAAGAUUUACUCAAAAAACAUAUGCCCACAGUAUCAUAUUUGAGAUUGGACGGCACAGUUCCAGCUUCUUCAAGACAUGAAAUAGUCACAAAAUUUAACGGUGAUCCAAGCAUCGAUGUAUUGCUUUUAACAACACAAGUGGGAGGAUUGGGUCUUAAUUUAACUGGUGCUGAUACUGUUAUAUUUGUCGAACAUGAUUGGAAUCCCAUGAAAGAUUUACAAGCAAUGGAUCGUGCACAUCGAAUAGGACAAAAAAAAGUUGUUAACGUGUAUAGAUUAAUUACUAGAAAAUCUCUUGAAGAAAAAAUUAUGGGUUUACAAAAAUUCAAAAUUCUUACUGCAAAUACAAUUGUUGGAGCUGAUAACGCGUCUUUAGAAACGAUGGGCACUGAUCAACUUUUAGAUUUAUUUAAUUUACAUGACGGGGAAAAACAAGAAAGAAGUACGCAAGCUAGUUCAAGCAACAGCAAUGGUAAUGGAAUUGCUGGAAACAAUGCAGUAUCCAUGAAAACAGUUAUAGAAAAUUUACCCGAUUUAUGGGAGGACAGACAAUAUGAGGAAGAAUAUGAUUUAACACAAUUUGUUAAAUCACUUAAAAAAUAAGCAAUGCGUUUUUAAUUUUUUUUUUCAACUUUUCCUAUUUUUUCUUCUAUUUAUUUAUGAUUUUUUGAAAAGCAUAACAAUAAAAAAACGGAAAUGAAUUUGUUA